GGAGUUAACGCCCACUGUGUAUUGUCACUACAGCGUGUAUAACCAAAUCGGUCAGAGACAGUCGCUACAGCGUGUAUAACCAACUCGACACUGUCACUAUAGCGUGUAUAACCAACUCGACACUGUCAAUACAGCGUUUAUAACCAACUCGGCCAGAGACUGUCCUUAAAUUCGGCUCGGUGUAUAACUAGGCGAGAGAGUGUCGUUACAGAGUGUAGAACCAACUCAAUUAGAGCAUUCACUAUGGCAAGCUCAACCAAACAUGCAAAAAUGAAAGCAUUCGUUGCAAUUGUCGGCUUGUACGUUGUACUAAGUGUAGUUGCCAUGCUAUGUUUCGACGAACUAUCCAGUCGGAUGUCAGUUGUUAUUUCAGUUCGUAAUCAUUGCGAUUCGGAUGACAUCAGAUGCAAGCCUUCCAGUAACAAUCAAGACUUAGUCAUAAACUUAACAACUCCAUCCGUAGGGGGAGACUCUACAACUUUAAGACCAGUUGAAUCAAGACGAAAAGCAAGAUUAGCAGAAUGGAUUGGACCCCAGGGUUACAAGACGUACAAAUCAAACAAGACACCUCGCCAGUGUAACUCCUGUUCAAUAGUUAACAGCGCUGGUCGACUACUAGGGUCACAGGUCGGAGACGUCAUAGACAAAGCAGAUUGCGUCAUUCGCAUGAAUACCGCCCCAACCCACAAGUACGAGGCCGAUGUUGGCUCUAGGACUACAUUUCGGGUCAUAGGUCAUAGAAACUUACCAAGCAUGCUGAAAAAAGUCAAAGAAAGAAGUAAAUAUCUUGAUGACGUAGCGACCAGAUCUGACCUAGUAAUCGUGUGGCAUUAUGGGUGGAACAUCACCAAGAAGGAAUUGAAUAAGUUUUGCAUGAAAAACUGUUUAACACGUCCUCACGCUGCGGUGUACCUAUCUGGGGAGGAGGUGAUGAAAAGGAACGAGGUUAUGUUCUACAAGGAACUGAAUAUUACAAAAUCGUCGGGAUCGUUUUGGAUGUCAACAGGUUGGGGAACUAUGCUGUUUGCUCUGGACAUGUGUCAGUCUAUCCAAGUUUAUGGCAUGAUACACGAAAACUUUUGCAGUGAGAAUUUAAAUGACACUCAACCCUACCACUAUUACGACAAGGUUAAGCGUGAAUGCGCGUACUACUCCAGGAGCGAGGCUGAUUUAAGACAUGGACAUAAAUACUUUACAGAGAAGGCUGUAUUUGCCAAAUGGGCCAAUAUGUAUGACAUUACAUUCCAUGAACCAUCGUGGACUGGACAUCUUGAAGGUUAUAGUAAAGACACCGUUAUAGACUCACUCUUCCAUCGGACAUUCAGGGAAAACGAACUUAGGAAGAAGAUGUUGGAAAGCAAGACGUCUAGUAACCAGACGGAGGAUACAAGUUCUGGAACAAGUGCUACAAAGACACAGUCUUAGAUUUGGGCAUC